GACGAGUUAUGACCGUACACCAUAUCGCGACAAAACGGAACCUUGCUUUAUUUACUCCGGACGAGUUAUGACGGUACACCAUACAAAGCUGCUGGAAGGAGGUGUGUCUUCCGCCUAGCUCACAUUCGAGAUGACUCCGAGGUUCUACUGUCCUAAGAUUAUGAUUAAAAAGCCAUGAACCAGAUCAUCUUUCAACAUGAUAGUGUGCUGUCAGAUGUUCACAUGUUCCUGCCUAUGGCUCGCCAACGAAUGACACGGCUUAACAAUGUUGGACAGCCUGUUUUCAUCUCCAAAUUCAAGUUUUUGUCCAAUGCUGAAAAGCCGGAGAGGAAUGAUGAGGGCACAAGAGAAAACAGUGAUACUGAAACACAUUCUGCACAAGGAGAAGAUGAAGAAGAGGAUAGUGAAAGAAAUGUAGAACCGGCCUUGGAUGAGGAUGGAGAUCUUGAUGUCACACAUAGACCUAGGAAUGAUUCUACAGAGGAUAGCAGCAGCAGGAGCAGAGAAGUGGUCUGCCCUGUUAUUCUCAAGCAAUCCCAUAACUCUGCUCUGCAAAACGAAGAAGACCAAGACGAUGAGGCAGAUGAGUGCUUUGACGACAUUAUACGGCUCGAACAUACUAUGGCAACACCCUUGGAGGAUGUUGGCAAACAGGUUUGGAGAGGAGCGUUACUUUUGGCCGACUUCAUCCUCUCGGAGCCGCUCCUGUUCAAAGGGGCAACGGUUGUGGAGUUAGGCGCCGGUGCCGGUUUAACUAGCGUCAUCAUGGCCACUUUAGCCAAACGAGUGUACUGCACAGAUGUCGGAGAGGACCUUUUAAGCAUGUGCCGAAGAAACAUAUCUUUAAAUGAACACAUGAUUGAGCGUGCGGGUGGUGAAGUGAGAGUGAGACAGUUGGAUUGGCUCCAGUCUGACCUUUGUACAGAUCCUGACGUGGACCUUAGCUGGACAGAGGAGGAAGUAGCUGAUAUACAUGACAACACCAGCUUCAUUAUUGCUGCUGAUGUUUGCUAUGACGAUGACCUGACAGACGGCCUCUUCCGAACACUCUACCGACUAUGCAAUAACUUUGCUCACGCCUGCACCGUCUUUAUAUCCAUUGAAAAAAGGUUCAACUUCACGCUACGAAAUAUGGACGUAUCCUGCGACGCCUACAACCACUUCAGACAUUGCCUUUCACAGCUCGAGGACCUGGUGGAUGGACAAUGUAGCUACACAGUGGAACAGAUCCCUUCUACCUUCCCACAGUUUCUUCAGUAUGAACGCAUUGAUCAACUGGAGCUCUGGAAGGUGACUGCCAAGAGAGUACCAUUUGACGGGGCCCAGUCCAAUUCUGAGCAGUGUACAUCAUGACCUGCACAUUCCCUGCCAAGAAGAUCUUAAAUGUCAAAGUUUCAGGUUCCUCUUGGGUAUGUGUUCCAGGGAAUCAAUUAUAAGAAUGAUAACAAGGGGUAAGUCCUGGUAAGAAAUUAAAAUAAUAACAGUUCCAAACCCAUUUUCUCAAAUGUAGAUCAAUCACAGGAGUAAAGGAAAGGAAUUGUUCUCCUUUUUUUGCAGUAUUUUUUUUGUGAUCAUUUUGUAUUUAUGGUUUGGAAGUGUAACUAAUUACUGGAACUAAUAUUAUGACUUCACUACUGAGUUUGCAUAAACUACUGAGAGAAUAUAUGUAUUCCGACUUAAAAAAAAAUGGUGUUGUUGGAACAGAACUCUACCAUAAUUCAAGGCUCCAGUGUAAAUUGAAGUAAUAACAAUAAUAAAAAAUGGAUAGAAACCUUU